GUAACACAAAAUUCCAGUACCAAAGCAAAUACUAUCAUUAACAGUAAUAUUAUUGCUGCUAAUAUUCCUAACAUUAAAGUAACCAACCUCGAUGAACCAGUUAACAUAUCAUUCAAUUUAAUAGAUCAGAAUGCCACCAACCCACAGUGUGUUUAUUGGGAUGAAUCUCCUGGACAGAAUCCCAAAUGGUCAACCAAAGGCUGUAAUGUAUCCAAGUAUGAACCUGGACAGAAAGCACUUUGUUCCUGUGACCAUCUGACAAGUUUUGCCCUACUAAUGAAUGUCUACCAGAAAGCGGUAGUAAAUAUUCACCCCUUAUCUAUUACAUCUUACAUUGGCUGCGGAAUAUCAAUUGUCUGCCUCAUUCUUACAAUAAUAAUUCAUAUUUGUUCCAAAAAUGUAUGGAAAUCAAUGGCUUCAAAGAUUUUGGUAAACUUGUGCGUUUCUUUGGCUAUCACUAAUUUGAUCUUUCUUGUUGGGAUGCAACCGUAUGCCUCAAAAAUAACAGCUGCUUGUAAGGCAGUGGCUGCCCUGUUACACUACUUCCUUCUGGCAUCUCUCAUGUGGAUGGCUGUCGAAGCAUUUCACGUUUGCUUAGCUGCUGUUAUUGUAGUUAAAACAUACCAGUCACAUUUUAUCCUGAAGAGUUCAAUUUUGUCAUGGGGUCUUCCAGCUGUCAUUGUCACAAUUACUCUGGCAAUUAACUACACAAACAAUUACAUCAGGAUUGAGCAUGCACAAGUAUGUUGGUUAUCCGACAUACCAUUCUAUGCUGCUUUCCUGGCUCCCGUCGUGACUAUUCUCAUCUUCAACAUUAUCAUGUUUGUUCUCGUUAUCUUGCGUCUUAUCGCAAUGCAAAAUAACAAGCUGCUUCAAUACGAAACCAGAAGACUACGUUUUCUUGGAAUAUUUGGUUUGUUUUUGCUGUUCGGAUUAUCUUGGGUCUUUGCAUUCUUCGCUGUUGGGGAAGCAGCAGAAGUGUUUCAGAUUCUUUUCGUUACCUUCAGUGCCUUUCAAGGAACGUUUAUCUUCUUAUUCUACUGUAUAUACAAGAAAGAUACCAGGGACGUCAUUUGCCCGUGUAUAUGUAAACAAAAGAAAGCGAAAGCCAGUAAAGUUUCAAAAUCCUAUAAAAGUUCAGGUUCUGGCACAGGUGAUGGAACAGCAGAAACGAACACAUAAAUA